AUGACGUCGUCCAGUGAGGAGGAGGAGGUUGGCCGAGCAAAACGUGAUCGAGCGGUCCUUGGUGGCGGGGUUGACCCUGUUGGGACUUUGGCCGUGCGCUCGAACACCGAUCGGAGCUAUCGCCAGCUGCCGCAGAACUUCGUGCAGUGGUGCGGACUGCACCAUCUGCGCUGGAAAACCCACGAGGAGCUCGACCUGGUGCUCGCUCAAUACUCCUCGGACCACUACUUGACCAGGGCUGCGUGCAACAUCGGGUCGCAGACGAUGGCGGCCAUCGCGCACGUCGCGUCCGCCAUGUUCAAGAAGUCGGUGCCAAUCCUCCCCCGGGCCUCGGGGGCUGCAGCUGCAUGGCGACGACGGGCUCCCGGCAGGACUCGACUCCCUGUACCUCGGGUGGCGGCAGCCCCUGCGGUGGCCGAUGCUGGACGCACUGCGCCAGGCCACUGCAGUCGGGUUGUCGCUGCGGAGCUUCGCGCUGCAGGACAUCGCAUUGCAGUUCAAGGCCGCGUGUAA